AUGCCGCGCGUCGCACAAGUACCGCGACCAGGGAACUCGAGGGCUGCUUCGAGCACCGCCUCACCCUACAAGAAUUCGCCCAUCAAGAUCCCGCUGAACGACGAUGCUUCGGAGAAGGCCCAGCGCUUGCACUCGAGGCAGGCACUGCAUGAGAGACAGAUCAAUCAGCUCAAGGCCGCUGCUGCCGGUACGCCUGGGCGCAAAGGCAGCGUCAGCCUCGACAACAUUGAGAAUGCGUCCCCAGGCUCGGAUCCACGAACGCCCCGCGGUCGCGCCAGCCGCGGGCGUGUCCCCGACGACGACGAAGAUGAGGGCUUCGUGGUGGGCGGGAGUGCGGUGACGCCUAUGAAGCGAGUGCCCAUCCUAGCCAACUUUGAGGAAUGGAUGAAGAUGGCUACCGACAACAAGAUCAAUGCCGCCAACUCGUGGAAUUUUGCCCUGAUCGACUAUUUUCACGACAUGUCGCUGUUGAAAGAAGGCGACGGCGUCAACUUUCAAAAAGCCAGCUGCACCCUCGACGGCUGCGUCAAGAUCUACACCAGCCGAGUUGACAGUGUUGCGACUGAGACCGGCAAGCUGCUCAGCGGCCUCGCCGACAGCAAUAACAAGAAGAAGGACAGGGAAGGCGAAGAUGGCGAGGGCGAUGAGAGCGAGGAGGAGCUUGACGAAGACGGCAAUGUCAAGAAGAAGGCCAAGAGGAAAACACAACGGUCCUCUGAGGCUACAUUGGCCCCAUCCUUCGCCUCUUUGCAACUGAAGAAGUUUGAGCUUGAGUUCGCCGUCGACCCCUUGUUCAAGAAGGCGUCUGCCGAUUUCGACGAAGGUGGCGCCAAGGGUCUACUUCUCAACCACCUCAUGAUUGAUUCGCAAGGUCGCAUUGUGUUCGACAGCAGCGACGAUGUUGGUGACGCACAGACAUCCAAGAGUCGCAAGCAGGAUGAAGAGGCAGAGGACGACGAUGCGGAUGACACGCAUCAGGCUUCCUUGGUAGAUGGCACGGACGACGUGGAGCCUGAGGAGGACAAUACGGAUGUUCAGAUCGAUCUCGGUGCACUUGGUGCCAGAUUUUUCCCUGACCUUGGUCGCCUUGACGAACUCGAUGUCUGCCCGUCACUCAAAUCCUUCGAUCUUGGCAAUCCAUCAGGCUCGCUUGACAUUCCAUUCUUGAAGGCUCCUGAGGACUGGCGGGAUCAGAAUAAGGAAGAAACCCCAGGCCUGGAUCUCGGAGACACUUCCGGCAUGUUCAUUGAUGGGGACAAUGCAGCCGGGUUCGACGAUGACGAUCUUGGUCUAGGUGCCUUCGAUAUGGGCGCGGAUGUCGCAUUCGGCGAGGGUGGUGAGGCAUGGGCCAGGGAGGCCGCACUCGAGCCUCAAAUGCGAGUUUUCAAUGCUGGUGAGGGUGAUGAAGAGGGUGGCAUGAUCGACCAGGCGGGAGGCGACUAUGUUGUCUCGAUGAAUCACGCACAGAAGGCGGACAAGAUGCACGAGGACAUUCUCGGGUAUUUCGACCAGGCAUUACAGAAGAAUUGGUCGAGUGCUGAGCACUGGAGGAUACGAAAGAUCAAAGACGCCGACAAGCCUAUCGGGCCCGCCAGGACGCGCAAAGAGAAAGCGCCGUUCGAGGUCGACUUCUCGGCGCCCCUGGACCAGAGCAUCGCUGAUGCCCUCUACACACAAGCGGCCAGCAACUCCGUUAUUUCCAUGCCCAAAAAGGAUUGGAAGACCAAGUCUCGCAACCUGCUUCCAGAUGACAAGCACUUCAACUCCAAGUCCUUGCUAAACCUAUUCCUUAAGCCGAAAGCCCGACUCAGCAAUCGCCGCAUCGGCGGCGGUUUCGCCAACUCUUAUCAGGACCGGGACGUUCCGGCCGGGGAGAUGGACGAAGCAUUCUGGGCACAACAGAAAGAGCCUCUGAACGCGCUGGGGGGUGAGACGGAGCUACCCCAGGGAGAUUACGACGCGAAUUUCUUCCAGGACGACGCUCUUCCCUUCGCCGGCGGUAUGGACGAUGACGAUGACAUGGAAUUCGCGGACGCCCGCGAACACUUCUCGCCCGGAGCCGAAGGCGACGCUGGCAUGACGGAGGGUGUCGGUCUGACAGCGAUCCUCAAUGGCGAGACGAUGGCGAACACGCUGGGAGCGUUUGGCACGACGCUCGUAACGUCCACACGGCGCAUUCGACCAGACUACGUUCAGUAUGCCCGUACGGCGAAGAAGGUUGAUGUGAGGCGGUUGAAGGAGGAGAUUUGGAAGGGCAUGCGCCUGGACAAGUUGGAGGCGGACGUCGAUUCAUCCCAGUUGAUGACGCCGCCACCCUCCUCUGAGGCGCCCAGUGAUGAGCAAGGAAAAGACAAGAUGCUCAAGUUCACCGAGGUCAUGAAUGACCUGCAGACGGUGUAUCCCAAGCCGAUGAUGGAGGACAUUUCUACAAGCUAUUGCUUCAUUUGUCUUCUCCAUCUCGCUAACGAAAAGGGACUCGUCAUCGAGAAAACGGCACAGCUGAACGAGUUGGAAAUCCGGAAGGACUGGACAGCAGAAAUUGCGGCGGGCGGCGAGUAA